CCGAAUCUGGGAAAUGUGAACACGGGUUAGAGACGGACAGGACCAAUCACGGAGCUCCAAGCACCACGAUGGUCAUAUGAAGAGAGUGGAUGUGCGCGACCUAUCCUUGGCCUUGUGUAGCGGACGAGAGUUUGCGGGAUAAUAUGAUAAAAAUGAAUUGUCAAUUCGGGGUUAAAAGAUCGGGGCGUCUGUGCCUGACAUCGGGGGUGGCAGGGCAGGGGAUGGUGAUCUCAAAGAGAGUAGGGGGAAGGGGAAGUUUUGUAUCAGACGCUGCUUCGGGUGCCCAAGGCGUGGUUGCCACCUGGGAGUAGUCGAAUCACUGCCUUGGCCGGAAGAGUUGAAACCGUGACGAAGCUGAGUGGAUGGAUCACAGAGACCCCCAGAGGGCUAGACACGGACAAGGUCUUACUUAUA